CUGGCAGCAUCCACCGCUGCAGACAAUCGUACAGCUGCUGGGGGCGUCGGGGCUGCUGCUGCCGCCGCCGUCGCUGUCGCCCGGCGCCUGGGGAGCGUGGCCGGCGGAUCAUGCUGGCUCCUGCCGCAGCAGCGUGGGAUUGCCAGUGACCUGCUCCUGUGCCCCCGGCAGGGCCCGCAGCCCCGGACUCGUGCUGCUCUCUGCCCCCUGCUCGGGCUCCUGUCUGUCCGUCUCUGUCUGGCCGCGGGGAGGGAGGAGCAGGAUGACCGGGGUGUUCGAUAGCCUGGUGUCAGACAUGCACUCCAGCCAGAUGAGCUCCGGCACCUACCACCAGCAGCACCAGCACGGCGGCCUGCACAAGUCCCAGGAGUCUCCCACCCUGCCCGUGUCCACGGCCACCGACAGCAGCUACUACACCAACCAGCAGCAGCACGGCGCGGGCGGCGGCGGGUCGCCCUACGCGCAGAUGGGCUCGUACCAGUACCACGCCCCCGGCAUCAACCCCGUCCCCUACGCCGCCAAGGCCGGCUACGACUUGGGCUACUCGAGCACUUACGGCUCCUACGGACCCUACGGGACCCGGGCUUCCCCGGUCACCGAGUCCGCAGAGAAGGAAGACUGCGAGCCCGAGGUCAGGAUAGUGAACGGGAAGCCAAAGAAAGUGCGGAAGCCCCGGACCAUCUACUCCAGCUUCCAGCUGGCCGCUCUGCAGAGGCGCUUCCAGAAGACGCAGUACCUGGCGCUGCCCGAGAGAGCGGAGCUGGCGGCCUCCCUAGGCCUCACCCAGACGCAGGUGAAGAUCUGGUUCCAGAACCGCCGCUCCAAGUUCAAGAAGAUGUGGAAGAGCGGCGAGAUCCCGUCGGAGCAGCACCCGCGGCGCAGCGCCUCGCCGCCCUGCGCCUCGCCGCCCGCCUCCGCGCCGGCCUGGGACUUCGCCCCGCACCAGCGCCUGGCGGGCGGCGGGGGAGGCAGCGCGGGCUCCAGCCCCAGCAGCGGGGCGGCCGCCGCUUUCCUCGGGAACUACUCCUGGUACCACCAGGCCUCCAGCACCGCCUCCCCGGUCCUGCAGCCCGCGCAGCCCCCGCACCACCACCACCACCACAGCGCCGCCGUCGGCGCAGGGACGAUUUUCUAACCGGGCUGCGCCGCGCCCCCAGCCCGAGCGGACUGAGCCACAGCCACCGGUGCCUCGGCGGAGAGAGGCGCGGGUCGGGCCGGGGGUCCCCGGCUCCCGGCACAGAGCCGCAGCGGUCCCCGCCCCCGCUUCUCCCCCCACCGGUGAAGGACUUGGUUCCUUUUAUUUUUGUGAUUUAAAAAAACAAACAAACCACAAAGUCUCUAGGUGCCUUGGCGGACGGAUGUGACCUCAUUUUGAUGUUGGGAACAAACAAAUACAUAAUUUUUAUAAGUAGAUGGGGGGAAAAAGCAGCUGCGAAACCUCCCGGGUUUAAAUUAUCUUUUUUAUUUUAUUUUAUUUUUUUGCAGUGCGAGCAGGACGGGCCGCGGGCCCCGCUUGUAAAUAAAGUUGUUUGUGCGGAUCCCCCCUGGUUUCUUUGUAUGACAAACGACCCCCCAGCAGCCCGGCCGGGUGGCCACGAGGCUGUGCGGCGGGCGCGUUGCGGGCACGCGGAGCCGCCCCCCGGCUCGCCCCGCUCGCUCCGUGCCCUCCCGGCUGGCAGAUAAGCUACUGAUCCUCCCCUCCCCCAGUCGUUGUUUAAGCCUUGCAGGGAAGCGGGUGUUAUUUGGGGGGUUAUUUAUUACGAACGCAAAAGCCUCUCGGUGUUUCUUUUACACGCAGAAGAGAUUAUUUAAAUAAAUUAUUGUUUUCCUGGUA